AUGUGGUCAAAGAUGCUUAGUGAGGAAAAUAUAGAGAUUUUCAAAAGUUAUAUUAAUAAUUGUGAAGAAAUUGAAUCAGCUGUGAACGUAUUACUUAAUAUGAUCGGAGAGGAUUUAAAAGAAUAUUCUGUAUUGACAACAACAAGUAUUUAUUCGCCGACAAAAAUAAUGGAACUUGAAACGCUAACCAGAAGGUUAUCUUUCUUGAAAACAAAAUACCAUGAUGAGCUUCUCCGACAGGGAAAUUUGCAAAAAAGGGUUCAAGAAUUGAACACAGUUAAUACAAGUGAAAAACUUGAACAGAAAGAAUACCCUGUAUGUUUUCAACUGGAACAACUGCAUGCUGACUGUUUUCAAAUGGACUAUGAUAUACAAAAAAUAGAAAAAUCAAUUUUAAAAAAUUAUGGAACAAGAUCGUCUUAUGCUGAAGCCGAGAAAAGAUGUAAUGAACUGAAGCAACAACUGGCGUCACUAGAUUCUGCUGAAAACUGCAUGAAAAGAGAGGUUGAAUGUUUAGCAGAACAAUUAAAUCAGAUUCUAAAACAUUCGGAUUUAAAUGAAGAAGUAAAUAAUAAAAUAUGGAAUGCAGUUGAUGAAGGCGAAAUUGACGACAUAGGUGAAUUGAUUGAAAAUCAAUGGAAAUGGUACAUAUCCUGA